AUAACUCUACAUCAGCAUACACUGAAUGUGGUCGGCGAUCGCUUGGAGGAUGAUGGCAGUGGAGCGCAGAGGUUGCGUCGAAGUUUCACUCGAACUUAUACAAUACCGCCCGAUGUGCGACUGUCCUCCAUUUCGUCCUACAUAACUGACACUGGCUGUUUGAUUAUUAAAGGCAGUCGAAAAGGAUGGAAAGAAACCGAUUUGCGGGAACAUUUGGCGCCUCCCAGUGCAACCAAUGAAACAAUGAUAAGUGCUGUUUGA